CCUUUGUAUGAAACGGAGUAUAAGUUGAAUCACCCCAAAAAUUUGAAAGUUUCCUUUUCAAUUCUGUGAUUGGACUUCAAUGGAGUUGGAUGACUGGGAACCGAGUGCGGAAGAGCUGGAUUCUCUGGAGCGAGAUGCAAUGAGGCAAAUCGCUGAGCGCAAUUCCUCGUCUUAUGCUGCCACCACCUCUGUGCAGCAUACUCCGGCCUCUCCCCACCGGCCGGAGCGAUCUUCUGCUUCUGUGAAAAAUGCUCAGUCGCCUCCUCGGAGAAUACUGCCUUCAUUUGGAGCAAAUAAGGCAACUGAGAAUUUGCCAAGACAACAACAACAACAACAACAACAGAAACGCUCUGUUAAACUUUUCCUCCAUGCAAGUGGUGAUAUAGCUGCAAAAUUUGUGUAUGACCAGCUACUUAUAGAUGCACUACGAAAAGUACCUAAAGCCAGUUGGAAUGCAAAAGAAAGAUUGUGGAUGUUUCCUCUGUCAUCAUUGUCAUCAGCGGAAAAAAUUCUAAAUGGAAUUUCUUGCUCAAAUGUGGAGGUUCAGAACUUAGAUCCGUUGGUGCAACGUGCUAUUGUGGCUGCCAAUGAAGUUUGUGAUAUUCAAGAUCUCUAUGAAUCCAUUCCUGACAGCAUUAAAACAAAGCUAAUGCCUUUUCAGCGUGAUGGAGUAAGAUUUGCCUUGCAACAUGGUGCACGGGUUCUUUUAGCUGACGAGAUGGGACUUGGAAAGACAAUUCAGGCCAUUGCUGUAAGUUCUUGUGUCCGUGAAUCAUGGCCCGUUCUUGUUCUUACUCCAUCUUCCUUGCGUCUUCAUUGGGCUUCUAUGAUUCAACAGUGGUUGGAUAUUUCACCUUCAGAUAUCCUUGUGGUUUUAUCUCAAUUGAGUGGUUCAAAUAGGGCAGGAUUCAAAAUUGUGCCUUCAAAUGCUAAAAGAUCUAUCCAACUUGAUGGCAUCUUUAAUAUAAUAUCCUAUGACACUGUUCCUAAGUUACAGGAUACCUUAAUGGCAUCAGAGUUCAAGGUUGUUAUUGCCGAUGAAUCACACUUUUUGAAGAAUGCCCAGGCUAAACGAACCAAUGCAUCACUUCCUAUAUUACAGAAAGCCAAAUAUGCGAUAUUGCUUAGUGGAACUCCUGCCUUGUCAAGACCAAUUGAGCUUUUUAAACAGCUGGAGGCCUUGUAUCCUGAUGUUUACAAGAAUGUUCACGAGUAUGGAAACCGUUAUUGCAAGGGUGGCAUUUUUGGAGUUUAUCAAGGUGCAAGCAAUCACGAAGAACUGCACAACUUGAUGAAAGCAACUGUGAUGAUUCGCAGACUCAAAAAGGAUGUUCUCUCGGAGCUUCCUGUUAAGCGCAGGCAACAGGUUUUCUUAAACUUGGAAGAGAAGGAGAUGAAGUGUAUCAAUGCUUUAUUUUGUGAGUUGGAGAUUAUCAAAAGCAAAAUUAAAUCAAGCCAGUCCAAGGAUGAAGCUGAAUCACUUAAGCUCACUAUGAAUAAUCUUAUAAAUAAGGUACUUUUUGUUGUUUCAGUGCAUUACUGCGGUAUGAUUUCUGUGCAAGAAAAAUCAAAUUAUAAGAUUUAUGUUGCUUCUGCAAAGGGCAAGAUUCCAUCAGUUUUGGAUUACUUAGGAACAGUUAUUGAGGCAGACUGCAAAUUCCUUAUAUUUGCACAUCACGCAGAAAUGAUUGAUGCAAUUCACCAGUAUUUGCUUAAAAAGAAAGUUGGUUGCAUUCGCAUUGAUGGUGGUACUCCAGCAGCAUCACGCCAAGCUUUGGUCACAGAUUUUCAGGAAAAAGCAUCAAUAAAGGCUGCAGUGCUAUCUAUCAAAGCUGGGGGUGUUGGGUUAACCUUAACAGCAGCAAGCACAGUCAUAUUUGCAGAGCUAUGUUGGACUCCAGGUGACCUUAUUCAAGCAGAAGAUCGUGCUCAUAGAAUUGGCCAGGUGUCAUCGGUCAAUAUAUACUAUCUGCUGGCAAAUGACACUGUUGACGACAUAAUUUGGGAUGUUGUAAAGAACAAGCUGGAAAAUUUGGGACAGAUGCUUGACGGCCAAGAGAAGUCCUUAGAAGUAUUAGAAGAUAACUCAAGUAAAAGCCCUAUGAAACAAAAAACUCUUGAUUCCUUCAUGAAGCGUUGCAACACGUCAUCCGAGCACGAGCCCAUGCCAAAAUACUCGCGGCAUUGAACAUCAAGCAUUUCAACUUCCAAUGUUUUGUACAAAGUUUAACUGCACAAUUAACCCAGAUGAAAAUGAAUGGCAAAAGAGAAUGUCUAUCUUCAUUCUUCAGAUCCCUGUAUCUCUGCCGCUGCCUCUGUCGGAUCAGGUUAGACCAUUGUAUAUGCAAUAUGCUCCGAGACCUAGACUGAGCUCUGCUUCCAAGUACAGUUAUUGAAUCAAAAUAGAGAUUAGGGUAAAAAGUCCAUAUAUAUAUCUCCAAUCUUUUGGCAAUGUACUUGUCCUGACUGGUAAUUGAAUGAAUCUUCCUCAGAUGUUUUGUUUUAUUAGUACCCACGCGAUGAACAAGUUUAUGUUA